GUUAGGGAACGGAGAGAUGGGUGUGAGUGGAGCACCAGAUUUCUUCUACAAGGAGGCUCAACGGCUCGGCUACGUGGCUCGCUCAGCCUUCAAGCUGCUUCAGAUACAGAAACAGCACAAGCUCAUCAACCCCGGCUCUUCCGUUCUCGACCUGGGUUGCGCUCCCGGCGCGUGGCUUCAAGUGGCCUGUCAGAGCCUGGGCCCCAUCCACAGCGGCGGCUCCGUCCUCGGCAUCGAUGUGAAGAAGCUGAAGCCUCCCCCUCUUCACUGCGAUUCUAGGGUUCGAACCAUCUCUGCAGACGUCAUGAACCUCUCUCACAAUCAACUCAGAGAUCUCUCUCCUCACAAAAAUGGCUUUUCUGUCAUUCUCUCAGACAUGUGUCCCUUGGUUUCUGGAAUCACUACAAAAGACGCCGCUUUGUCUUUUGAGUUAGGGAUGCGAGCGGUGGAUUUGGCUCUUGGUAGCAGAGUUUGUCCAAGUGAAGAAGAGAAUGGAGAAGGAGAAGAAGGAGUGUUGCAAGUUGGAGGGAACCUUAUUAUAAAGCUUUUGGAGAGUGAAGAUGCCAAAGAAAUCAGCCACAUUUCUAAACCGUUCUUUAGGAAGUCUUCAUGGCUCAGACCUAAAGCCACAAGACCUUCGUCCAGAGAGAUCUAUUUGAUUUGUCAAGGUUUAAAGCCACACAACGCCAACAUUUAGAUUCUUCUAAUUACUCUACUUGUCAAGUUCAUGAUUUUUCUAAGUCAGGGUGUAAGUAAAUGUUUAACAUUGUAAUUGCUAUUAAUACAUUUCAAAAUUGCUCACAUUUAAUAAAAUUUCAAAGCAUUUCUU